UAUUUCAAUGACAUUAGUAAAUAAACCGGUCUCGUGAUCAAGAACAGGACUUUCAUUAUUCCACUAAUUUCUCUGAACCGUCCAAAAACCUUUUAUGGAAAUUCUAUCUCCUGCCUCAAAAUGAUGCGAGGAAAAACUAUAGUAGUAACUGGGGCCAACAGUGGCAUAGGAAAAGCUACAACUGUUGAAAUGCUAAAGCAGCAGGGACGUGUUAUCAUGGCUUGUCGCGACCAAGUUAAAGCUGAGGAGGCUGUUCGGGAAAUCGUGAAGGAGGCCGGCGGUCAGGAUAACGGUGAAGUGUUGAUUAAACACCUGGAUCUUGCUUCUCUUAAAUCGGUGCAUACGUUCUGUGAAGAGAUCAUUAAGGAAGAGCCAAGGAUUGACGUGCUGAUUAACAAUGCUGGAAUAUACCAGUGUCCUUACACCAAGACAGAAGAUGGCUUUGAGAUGCAGUUUGGGGUGAAUCACCUGGGACACUUUCUUCUCACCCACCUCCUGCUGGAACUGCUGAAGCAGUCUGCCCCAAGCCGUAUCGUUGUGGUGUCCUCCAAACUCUACAAAUAUGGUGAGAUAAAUUUUGAAGAUCUAAACAGCGAGCAGAGCUAUGACAAGGCCUUUGCUUAUGGGCGCAGCAAGCUAGCCAAUCUUCUCUUCACUCAUGAGCUUGCACGCCGUCUAGCCGAUACAGGGGUAACUGUCAAUGCCCUCACCCCAGGGAUUGUGAGGACAAACCUAGGGAGGCACAUCCAAAUUCCUCUGUUAGCCAAGCCACUCUUUAACCUGGCCUCAAGGGCCUUUUUCAAGAGUCCUCAGGAAGGAGCGCAAACAUCAGUGUACCUGGCCUGCUCCCCUGAUGUGGAAGGUGUCCAAGGGAAAUGCUUUGCCAACUGUCAGCCACAGGAGCUGUUGCCAAAGGCUACAGAUGAGGACAUUGCCAAGAAACUGUGGGACAUCAGUGAAGUUAUGGUCAGAAUAACAACAUGAAAUUCUCAUAAUGGUCUGCUCUUUAUCUUUUAUAUGUGUGUGUGUGUGUGUGUGUGUGUGUGUGUGUGUGUAUCUGCACAUUUGACAAUAUAGGGGAAGCACAUUGUGGUUUUACUCAGUGUCUAAUUGGUACACUAAUAGCCAGUUGGAGAGGGCCUAUAGACAACCAAGAGAAGAAUGCCUAUGAAAACACCAAAGAGUGCCUCUCACUAACACUGCUGUAACAACACAAUCCAUUUCAAAUAUUUAAUAACUUCCUAUGCAAGUGUUGUUUUGGAUUAGUUAUCUUAUAGAUAAUAAAUCAAGAUUGAUGAAAAAACCUGACUGAUAAUAUUUAACAAUAUCUCAAUUAACUUUGACAUUGAUUUGAAUUUGUAUCUGAGUGUUUGUGACUGACCUCACAUGUUGAUGAAGGCAGGUUAAUUGAAUUAAUAUCCUGUGUAUUGUGUUUAUUUUAUGAUAAUACUCAUUCUUCAUUAAACCAGUGAGUCCUAGUUAAUAUGGCAGAAUGAAGAGUAAUGAGGAAGACGCACUUCAUGUGUGUUCUGCUCAGUCAGUGUUGAUUUGUUCAGGUCACAUACCUUGGAUCUGAAUAUCAUAUCAUAAAUAAGCACAGUUAAAAAUGAAGCUGCUUAUUACUGGCCUCAUUUGCUGACUGAUUUUGGUAAAGCUGCUACAAACCAGUAUAUUUUCAAAGUUCACUUGGGCUCUAAUUAACCAUGCUGGUACUUGGUACUGUACCAUGGUUAUGCAUUCUUUUGCACAUACAGUGCAUACAGCUAUUAGUGGGGAAUGUUUUCCCUUUACAUUAACGGUAGAUUAAGUGUCCCUGUCGAAAUGGUAGCAACCUUCCCCAAUGCAUUUCUAAUGCUUUUACCACCUGCAACUGUCAUUAGUGCAUUUACUGGAUCAUUUAGAGAGAGCACUGACUAGCCAGAAAACAUUUAAGAUCCAAGAAAGGCCGAAUUAAUCUGAUCCAGCCUUGCCACAGAAUAAGGGAGGUCUCGGUGCAUUCACUGUGGAAGCCAAAGCCUGUUUGUUUUACAAAUAAAGAAAAUGACUGAAAUUAGGAGAGUUAAGGCCUCUAAUGAUGCGUUCCGCAAUGAUGCCACAUCAGCGGUGGUAUUCUCUGCCAAAAUGCUACGAUUACUUAUCGUGUGAGCUUUCAGGAAGGUAGACAACCACCAUCAACAAACAGGGCCAGUCUGUUUCCAUUUGAAACCGAGAAGCUCCUUUUUCAUUCAUUGCUUUUUCCUGUCGGCUUUUGUCACGAAGGUUCUUCAGGCUUUACACAGCUUUCAUUCCAGCUUGAGAUUGGUAUUCUCCCAAAAAUGUACCCCCUCUGUGUGGCGAAGCAUAUUUACAAGGCAAGUGGCAGCUAGAUGUAGAGAGAGAGAGAGAUUGGCACAGUUAUAAUGUGUCAACUCAGAAAUAAUAGCUGCAAACAAAUAAUAACUAGACAAUUGUAAUAUAAUGACUUCAUCCAACAUGUCUAUCACUUUUAUGGUCGCCAUUACUCAGAUGUGUGUAACUUUUUUUUUUUACCUUUUUACAUUGAUAAAAAAAAAAACGUUAAAUUUUGCCAUUUUUUAUAUGCCACUAGGAUUUUAAUUCUGUAUCCAUUCAGGUUUUUCCCCUCAAAACACCCAAUGUCAUAAUUCUUGUAAGGAUCACCGAUUUCAUUCUCUGAAUAUUUAGUUUCCCCCUCUGCUAGACAGCAUUAUUUUUUCUAAUUUGUGUGCUUAUGCUGGUUGUGGCCUCCAAGUAAAGCAAAGAACUCCCAUCAAGUUUAUCGUCCAGUGAGUUUGUUUUACAGUACAUGAGGAGAAGCAUGUGGAAAUUGGAGUGUCUGACGGAUUGGAGAAAGCCUUACAGGAGAUCGAGUUUUAUUGACCUAAAGCAACUUGCAAGGUGCUGCCAACAUGUCACCACUGUUAAUUCAUAUGUGCUUCAGUGGACUGACUCUCAACAGAUAGGUUUGUUUACUUGAUUUUCUCUGCAGUCAUGCAAGGAGGAUCAUUUUGACAUAUUUGAUGUGUUGCGUCAGGGUGAAAUGCUCUGGUCCAAAUGCAAACAAUGCCUGAUCCAUGCACAGAGGUGGAAGGUCCAGGAAUCGGCACAGAGAAAUUAAUAUUAACAGGAAACAGCUCUCUGUUGUGCUGUAUAGUGUGUUCAUUCAAUGGCAAAGAUGCUGCCAACAUGUCACCACUGUUAAUUCAUAUGUGCUUCAGUGGACUGACUCUCAACAGAUAGGUUUGUUUACUUGAUUUUCUCUGCAGUCAUGCAAGGAGGAUCAUUUUGACAUAUUUGAUGUGUUGCGUCAGGGUGAAAUGCUCUGGUCCAAAUGCAAACAAUGCCUGAGCCAUGCACAGAGGUGGAAGGUCCAGGAAUCGGCACAGAGAAAUGAAUAUUAACAGUAAACAGCUCUCUGUUGUGCUGUAUAGUGUGUUCAUUCAAUGGCAAAGAUGCAUUCUUCUGUAUGUUCUCAGGUAUUCUGAUUGAGAACACAUUGCAUUUUACAACAUUUUGGCUAAGAUGACUUUUGAGCAGAGGCCCUUUAACAUCCUUCCAAGAGGUAGCGUGCUAUAUUUUGACGUACUCUUCAAAACAAAACGGAUUUUUCUCAGGGUUUAAAGAAAUGUUUGGGUCCGUGGCAAGUAUAAGAAAACAUCCAGUCAUUAUUUUGGUCUAUAUUUUUUAGCGUCAUUCAAUUUUUAUGUGGCAUUCGCACAUGGAAGUGAUUUCUCUGAAUGAGAGGCUGAAUCAUUUUCAUGGGAAGUGUGCAGUUGCCAAGGUAUGGGAUUUGACUGGUCCCACAGUGUAACUGAUAAGUCGUGAUUUACGGGGCUGGUUUACACUAAAAGCGGCCUCUUACAGUUGCAGCGCUUGCAGUCACUGUUCAUUUUGGCCUGAGCACCCAGUGGAAUUAACACAGUUCACACAGUAGUAUGUUUACAAUCCUCAGAGGCUGACAAUGUGUAAAUUUUUCAUAGGUUAAGCUCCUUUUUAAACAUUGAAGUGGUUAAAGUUAGAUAUAUUUUUGAACCUAUUACAAUUGAUGUGACAUGUUAACAACAGAUUUUGGUCUUAUUAUUUGCCAACUGGUAUUGUCUGGUGUCUGAAAGCCUUCAAUAAAUCAAUUUAAAUCAAAUUUCCAUCUA